CGGCUCCUGAACCAGACUCACGGAGGAUUUUCCUGUGGGACUAAUCACAGAGGAUCUGUUAUUUGAUGUCCAUCUUCUGGAGAGUUUUCUAAAGAACUGAGGCACAUGAUUGCUGUUUGGAUCAGCUCAUCUUAAACUGGAGAUUUCCAAGUGUGGGUGUAAUAUGGGGAAACCUUUUAAUGGACUUGAUCCUGGAAUCAGACUUUUGGGCCUCUAUAGUGUUUAGACUGGGGAGCAGCAUGCAAACAAAGCGGUGAACCCCUGUGGCCUGUCAAGCCCCCCCCUCUACCCCCCUUCAGCCUAAAAGCACCACCGACACAGGAUUCUGCUGGAAUCUGUUCUCUAUGCCUGAGAGCUAGCGCCAUGGAUUUCCUGUUCUCCAACCGAAGUCACCGCAACAUGGCUUCCGCCACCUCCACCCCUCCUCUUGGCCUUCACAACAGCUGCAACAGGCACCGCUUCCAGUGUGCCAGGAAAAAGCUGCGUCCGGGACGGAUCCUCGGCUUCAUCAUCAGCCUGGUGGCGGUCUGCGUAGUCUGUACAUGGAGUGCCUUGUCUCUUGUGUCCACCAUGGUGGACAGGGAGUCUGCGGUGGAGGGCUCGGCAGAAGCAGCAGUGCCACAGAGAACUCUUUUGCAUCACCACAACGUCUCAGGUGCUGAGGAAAACCCAAAGGCGGCCAAGCAAAUUCACGAGAUCGAGAUGAACCACGGAGACUAUCCGACAGACUACUUCAGUGUGGAGGAGAGGCGUCAGGGCUACGUGCUCCUGCAUAUGUUCGGCAUGUUGUACAUGUUCAUAGCCUUAGCCAUCGUCUGUGAUGAGUUCUUUGUCCCUGCACUCACCGUCAUCACAGAGAAGCUGGAGAUCUCUGAUGACGUGGCAGGAGCCACCUUCAUGGCAGCAGGUGGCUCUGCCCCGGAGCUCUUCACCUCUGUCAUCGGAGUCUUCAUCUCCCACAGCAACGUGGGCAUCGGUACCAUUGUAGGCUCAGCUGUCUUCAACAUCCUGUUUGUGAUCGGGAUGUGCGCACUGUUCUCCAAAGAGGUGCUGAACCUCACCUGGUGGCCUCUGUUUAGAGACGUCUCCUUCUACAUCGUGGGCUUGCUCAUGCUCAUCUACUUCUUCCUGGAUAAUCAAAUCACGACUGCAGAGAGUCUUGGUCUGCUGAUGUGCUACACGUGCUACGUCACCUUCAUGAAGUUCAACGCUAAGGUGGAGUUACUCAUCAAAAGCAGGCUGGGAGGCAACCGAGUGGACGACCUGGAGAAGGCCCCAAAGAUGAACUCACCUGGAGAUGAAAACAAACUAAUGGCCAAACCGAGGCUGCAGAGAGAAGGCAGCUGUGCCUCUCUACACAACUCCCUGAUGAGGAACAGCAUCUUUCAGCUCAUGAUUCACACACUGGACCCGCUGAGCGGUGAAGGGCAGUUUAAAGAGAAGGCAUCCAUCCUGCACAAAAUGGCAAAGAAGAAGUGUAAGGAAGAUGCUAUCACCGCCAACGGUGUUGCGGACAAAAAGAUCCCCAACAGUUCCAAUGUCGCUGUCGAAGUCACCCCUCCCAUGAACGGCAUCAUCGAAGGGGACGAGAUGGGUAUGGAGGACGAGGAGGAGGAGGGCGAGGACCAGCCUCUUAGUCUGGCGUGGCCUGACACUACCAGGAAACAGAUCACCUACCUUGUCAUCCUCCCCAUCAUUCUUCCUCUAUGGAUCACUCUGCCGGACGUCAGGAGAGAGACCUCAGAACGGUUCUUCCCGAUCACUUUCCUUGGCUCCAUCAGCUGGAUCGCUUUCUUCUCCUACCUGAUGGUGUGGUGGGCUCACCAGGUUGGAGAAACCUUCUGGAUCACAGAGGAGAUCAUGGGCCUGACUAUCCUGGCAGCUGGAACCUCCAUCCCCGACUUGAUCACCAGUGUGAUUGUAGCACGAAAAGGCCUCGGUGACAUGGCAGUGUCCAGCUCUGUGGGCUCCAACAUCUUUGAUAUCACUGUGGGCUUGCCGUUCCCCUGGCUCCUCUACAACAUCAUCAAUGACUUCAAGUCGGUAGAGGUGAGCAGCAACGGCCUUUUCUGCGCCAUCGUGCUCCUCUUCCUCAUGCUGCUCUUCGUCAUCAUAUCCAUCGGAGCCUGCAAGUGGAGAAUGAGCAAGUUUCUGGGCUUUUCGAUGUUCCUGCUCUACUUUGUUUUCCUCAUCGUCAGCGUCAUGCUGGAGGACAAAAUAAUCAUCUGCCCUGUCUCCAUAUGAGGCAGAUUGUUUUUGAAGGUGGGGAAAUACUCCUCCAGCAUUUUUCACUGCCCUUCCAAAGACAGUCUUUGACUUGUCACUUUCUCAAGUAGCAGAUAAACUGAAAUCUACCAACCACAUAUAAUGGAAACACACAUUCAGGUUGGAUGCAGAACUGCUGAUUUCAGUGGACCAUUGUGUUUCAAUUCUGGCCUUUUGCCACCACUUUUUUUCUUCUUUCUUCUUAAACCAUGUGACUCCACAGAGAAGGCCCGUUGAACAGACCCGUUGAGGACAAAGCAGAAGAGAUUGUGUGGUGUCACAGAAGCAUCUCAUCCAUGUAAGCAGUCCAUUUGUGUGGCAGGGACUUUUGUGUUUUUCUCAUGUGUCAUGGGACCUGACGCUUGUUGAUGAUAAACAUUUCGGUGUUAGAGAUUAGAUUUAUGGACUUGAACUGUGUCCAUAUCACUACUUGUAUGUGUGUCAUUCCAAGAUUUGGGUUGUAAAUGUGAACCCAUCACUGACCUUAUAUGGAGGCGGUCCCCUGAAAAGCUGCUCAGUUGGUUUCAGGUAGAAGACUGGUGUGCAUGAGACCCCGAUCAUCAUGAGCUACCUGAGUGAGGAACAGGCUUUUGGCUAGGGGGGCGUCUGGGCGUCUGCAAAACGUGAAAAAAUGGAUGCC